GCUUGACACGGGGCCAGUUCAGCUGUCGAGCUGUGCCGACACAGAGGGCGCGCUGUGAGAAGGAGAAACAGGAGAAACUCCUGGCAAUGGAGGACAUGCUGUUAUUAGUGUUAGCUGUUUUGCUGGUGCUCUUCUGCAGCGUGGAUGUUUGGUACUAUCUGCGAAUUCUGUCUUUGCUUGUCCGGGCCUGGUGGCUGUCUCCUGUGUUUGAUGUGACAGGGGAGCAGACUUUGGGGGGCCGUGUCCUCCUCAAUGACAUUGACCUGUGCCACAUGAACAACGCCCGCUACCUGCGCGAAUGUGACUUUGCCCGCAUCUCCCUGUAUGCCCGCAAUGGGGUACUCAAGACGAUGAGGGCUCUGGGGGCCACUGCGGUAGUCGCAGCGACCACAAUCCGCUACAGACGACCAGUGUGCAUUGGUGAAGCGUUCGAGCUACGCAGCCGGAUUGUCACGUGGGACGAGAAGGCGUUCUAUCUGGAGCAGCGCUUCGUGUCCUGUAAAGACGGCAUGGUGGCCGCGAUUAUGUUCUGCAAACAGAGCGUACUGCGGAGCAGCCCAGACAAAAUCCUACAGCACCUCUGCCAGAGGAAAGUUGAAGUUCCUGAGUUUCCUGAAGAAUUGCAGCACUGGAUCAACUUUAUGAGCGCCAGCAGUCAGGCUCUCAAGGCCGAGAGCGGAGUGGAUGAGAAGAAGAGCGAGUGAAGACAGAAAUGAACGUGCUGCCUUUAUGGGGCAGUAACGUACAUGUUUACAUGACGAAUACUCGGGGAGUCGCACACAAAAUGCAUCAGUACUCACACUGCCUGGGAUGCGCAAUGUAAAUGGAAACUUGAAUGUGGUUUACAUUAAUUAGAUCACAUACAUGGAAACUGUGUGUAGAAACAGAUGUGCCAUAGCUCAUUAGACUGAUAGUAUGCUAGCUAGACAUCUACACCACAAACACUAUUACAAUGCAAUGUGCAUUUCAUCCUAAUUUCAGAGUAAUACUAAUUCAUACAAUGUUUCACUCUUUGUUCAGUGCAUACACAAUAUUUGCAUCCUUUUUUAAUGCAUAUAUUAUUUUUUUGUAGGCAGCACUCAAGGGUUUGGAUAUUACACUGUUGACAGGCAGUUCUGAAAACAUGAGUGCAAAGGAAAAAAGAAAUAAAGAUUGUUUGACACUU